GUCAUGAUCUAUUCGUGGAGAAUGACGUCACUUCCGUGAAGACACAUCCGCGCAUCCCAUUUCAGACCGCCAAAGUCUCGUUUCUGGUCGUCGGAGGCAGUCAAGGCGAAAUCCGACGCGACAGUUCGUCUCGGACUUGCGAUCUCGACCGGCCCAUCGCGUUUCGCGACGAUCCGAGACCGGCGUCGUGUCGAACGGCGCGUUACAGACAUGUGGACAGGUCAAGCUGCUCUAAUGUUUACAACUGUGUAUGUCAAGAACUUUGGUGAGGACUUCAAUGAGGAAGAGAUGAGGGAAAUGUUUGGAGCGUUUGGUAGCAUCACUAGCUUGGAAGUUAUGUUUGAUCAAGGGGGCAAAUCUUGUGGAUUUGGAUUUGUGUCUUUUGAGACACACGAGGGAGCGGCUAGGGCUGUAGAAGAGAUGAACGGUAAAGAAAUAAACGGUCGUGUCAUUUAUGCUGGUCAACCUCAGAAGCAAGCCGAACGAAUGAACGAGCUCAGGAGUCGCUUUGAACUGAUGAAAAUGGAGAGAAUGAAACGCUUUCAGGGUGUUAAUUUAUACAUCAAAACUCUGGACGAUGAAAUUGACAAUGGAACUCUGAGAAAAGAGUUUAGUCCAUACGGAACAAUUACAAGUGCAAAGGUGAUGAUGGAUCAGCAAGGUCGUUCUCGCGGUUUUGGCUUCGUGUGCUUUUCGUCUCCUGAAGAGGCAACUAAAGCGGUGACCGAAAUGAACGGUCGAAUCAUUAUCAGCAAGCCUCUCUACGUUGCUCUUGCCCAAUGUAAGGAGGAAAGGUGUGCUCAACUGACUCAACAAUACAUGCAACGAAUGCAACAGCAAAGACCGUUCUUUCAGACGUUUCCACCUCAAGCCGCUCGUCCUCGUGCUUGGAAUCAGCAGCAGCUGUGCACAACGUAUGCACCAUUCAGCAUGAUGGCUCAGCAACAUCGUGCAGCCGCAAACCGCAUGAUGCGUCCUCUGGGUCCAAGAAGUCCAUUCCAGCAACAACGUGGCGACCACUUCCCUGGUCAACGAAGGUUUGUUCAGCAGCCAGCUCGAGCGACUGCAUACCGGUAUACACCUGGUGUUCAUAAUCCACCUGCUGUUCCUGCUGUGCCACCUUCUCAGCAGUCUGGUCCGAAUCCUCAGCAAGGAAUAGGGCAAGUGGGCAGCCAUCCUCCUCUGACGUCACAAGCUCUUUCUGAGGCGUCUCCACAGGAGCAGAAGCAGAUGCUCGGUGAGCGAUUGUAUCCGCUGAUUUGUGAGACGCAUCCAGAGUUGGCUGGUAAGAUCACUGGCAUGUUGUUGGAGAUCGACAAUGCAGAGUUGCUGCACAUGCUGGAUGAGGCUGAUCUGUUGAAGAGGAAGGUUGACGAGGCGGUCAACGUGCUGAGAGCUCAUCAGAUCAAGGAGCAGACGAAAGUUCCGUCGCCUGACGAUACUGCAUACCCGUAUACACCUGGUGUUCGUAAUCCACCGGCUGUUCCUGCUGUGCAAGUGGGCAGCCAUCCUCCUCUGACGUCACAAGCUCUUUCUGAGGCGUCUCCACAGAAGCAGAAGCAGAUGCUCGGUGAGCGAUUGUAUCCGCUGAUUUGUGAGACGCAUCCAGAGUUGGCUGGUAGGAUCACUGGCAUGUUGUUGGAGAUCGACAACGCAGAGUUGCUGCACAUGCUGGAUGAGGCUGAUCUGUUGAAGAGGAAGGUUGACGAGGCGGUCAACGUGCUGAGAGCUCAUCAGAUCAAGGAGCAGACGAAAGUUCCGUCGCCUGGCGAUACUGCAUACCCGUAUACACCUGGUGUUCGUAAUCCACCGGCUGUUCCUGCUGUGCAAGUGGGCAGCCAUCCUCCUCUGACGUCACAAGCUCUUUCUGAGGCGUCUCCACAGAAGCAGAAGCAGAUGCUCGGUGAGCGAUUGUAUCCGCUGAUUUGUGAGACGCAUCCAGAGUUGGCUGGUAGGAUCACUGGCAUGUUGUUGGAGAUCGACAACGCAGAGUUGCUGCACAUGCUGGAUGAGGCUGAUCUGUUGAAGAGGAAGGUUGACGAGGCGGUCAACGUGCUGAGAGCUCAUCAGAUCAAGGAGCAGACGAAAGGUCCGUCAUCUGGCGAUGCAGCUCAGUGAGACAGAGAAAUGACUCACAAGUCAUGACUGUUGUAAUUGACAGUGUGUCUUUCGGUUUGUGGUGUGUGUGUGUGUGUGUGUGUGUGUGUGUGUGUGUGUGUGUGUGUGUGUGUGGUGUGUGUGUGUGUGUGUGUGUGUGUGUGUGUGUGUGUGUGUGUGUGUGUGUGUGCUGUUGACACGUUCAGAGUGUAAUAAAAAUGAGAAACAGGAAUUACAGCAGUGGCAACUCGUCGAUGAUGUCAUACGUAAAGAAGGUUGAUACAUCAUGUUGAUUGGCAAUCAUUGAUGUCUGAGUGUGAAUGCUCAUUGUGACGAUGACCCUGGAGCCUUUGGACAAAUUUAUACAAAACAGAAUCUACACUGAAUUUAGGGGUGG